CUAUCACCAUUACGAAAACCAGGAGUUUCCAGAAAAGCUGUCAAAUACUUAGCAAAAAAGAAGUUGAAAUGCCAUUCUUUUCUACAAUAAACUUAUUUAUGGGAUACUAAGGAGAGUAAUGCUUUUUUAAAAGUGUCUUUGUUUGCAAAAUAUUUUUUUUUCGAGCAAAAAUGCUCAAUAGUUUUGAAAGAAGAGAGUAUUUUGUUGUGGCGAUGCCUUUAGAGCCUCGAUGAAGAGUUCACUUUGGUAUAUUUUCAGAAGGCUUACUUUAUUCAUGGACGCAAACAACGAGGAUGUGAUCUAAUGCACCGAAUGAGUGUCAGAUGAAUCUUGAUCAUGGGUCAAGACAUAAGUAAGAUAAAGAAAAACAAUGAACCUUUGUCAGAGUUUAGAAAGAACAAACUUCUCUACGAAUUUAGAACAUUUUACGAUUUAAAUAAAGACGGCGUCAUUACGGAAUCUGACUUCUUCAUGGUGCAAGAAUACGUUUGUAAAUUGAAUGGUUGGCUACCUGAAUCUGAAAAAUACGAAAUGACAGAAGAUCUUUUUCGGUCCAUUUGGAAGUCGUUAAAAACAGAGGCUGAUGAAGAUGAAGACGACGCUGUCACUGCAGAUGAAUGGGUUAAAAUGUGGGAGCAAUUGGAUAAAACAUUACGGCAGGGAAGCAGCGCCUUACCAGAAUGGUUGACAACGUAUUUAUGGUGUCGGUUUAAUAUAUAUGAUAGAACAGGUGACGGCGCUAUCGACGUGGAAGAAUUUGCAUAUAUAUUAGAAAAUUUUGGUGUACCAGAGCGGCAAUCAAGACAGUGUUUUGUAAUGAUGACACUGAACGAUACCAAGCCCCUGGACUUCGCAUACUUCUGUGAACUAGCGAUUGAGUAUUACACUUCGGAUGAUCCCAGUGCUUUAGGAAAUUUUAUAACUGGACAACUUAAUUUCUAAUACUAGUGAACCAUUUUGAAUGGUUCAUAUCAAAUACAGAUAUCUGAAAUUUAUUUAGUAAGGCUCAAUGAUGAACUAAAGCAAGUUGAAAAAACAUCAAGUAUAAUUUGUUUUCCAGAUCUGUAUCCAUUCAGCAAAGAAAAAACAUAAAUGAAUUUUUUUU